CGGCUGGCGACCCGCGGGCUCCCGCCGCCGCCCCGCCCGCCGGCCCGCGUCAUGCCGCCCCCUGCUCUGCUUUGCGCGCUCUGCUGGGGCCUCCUGGCCACCGCCACCCACGCCGGCUACUCGGGGGACGGCUGCAACUGGAGCGGCAGCGGCCUGACCCAGGAGCCGGGCAGCGUGGGGCAGCUGUCCCUGGCCUGCUCGGAGGGCGUGAUCCAGUGGCUGUACCCGGCCGGGGCGCUGCGCCUGACCCUGGCCGGCUCCGGCUCCGGCACGCGCUCUGGCAUCGCCUGCCUGCGGCCCGCGCGGUCCUUCGCAGGCGCCCAAGUCUUCGCGGAGCGGGCGGGCGGCGCCCUGGAGCUGCUGCUGGCCGAGGGUUUGGGCCCGGCGGGGGGCCGGUGCGUGCGCUGGGGUCCCCGUGAGCGCCGGGCCCUCUUCCUGCAGGCCACCCCGCACCCAGACAUCAGCCGCCGCGUGGCUUCCUUCCGCUUCGAAACGCACGAGGACAGGUACCCAGAGCUGCCUCCACAGGCCCACGGUCUUGGUGCCGAUGGUGUCUGUAGGCCCUGCAGCGACGCCGAGCUCCUGCUGACUGCGUGCACCAGCGACUUUGUGAUCAACGGAACCAUCCGCGGGGUUGCCCACAACACAGAGCUGCAGGAAUCUGUUAUCACAGUGGCAGCUGCCCGUGUCCUCCGACAGACGCUGCCGCUGUUCCGGGUGGGGGAGUCCGGGGGCCAGGCCUCCAUUCACACCCCGCUGCGCUGCGGCGUCCGUCCUGGCCCCGGCGCCUUCCUCUUCAUGGGCUGGAGCCGCUUUGGUGAGGCCUGGCUGGGCUGUGCACCCCGCUUCCAGGAAUUCAGCCGUGCCUAUGCGGCUGCCCACGCCGACCACCUCCACCCCUGUGAGGUGGCACUGGACUGAGCGGCCAGGGGGAGCAGGGCACUGGGGAGGGGCUGGGAGAGGGUGGGUGGGGAGGGACAGCCUCCUCAGGGUCCCAGCUGCUUCUGAGGUGAUAGCCACAACCAAGAGGAACACUGAUGUCAUUAGCCAGCGUAGAUGGGAGUGUCCCAUGCCUGAGCCUGGGCCAUCUGAGCACCCCCCAGCCCCACUGCUCCGAUUUCUGCUUCCGAGUAGGACGCUGAGGCUCUGGGCAGUGAUGCCUUGUCUAAGGCCACCCAGCUAGUGAGUGGGAGAGUGGCCCGUGCCCGUGCCUUGAAGGCGAGCUGCCGCUUGGGUUGGGGGGAAGCAGGGACCCUUCCUUCCACGUGAUCCUCAGCUCUGCUGCUCCUACCUUCGAGGCCGGGUUCUUCCGUAAGUGAGAAUGCAAGCGGAAAAAGGGCUGUAACUCCCCAGGUCGAGGAGGGAGGGGUCCUUUACUGGGGGACAGGCAGGAAGACGGCACUCCUAGCCUGUGAGGGAAGGCGGUGCAAUCUGGCAGGAUGCCCGACUUCCCUCUGUGGUCCGCUGGGAGCCCAGCAGAGUCAUCCUGGCCCCGUCCGAUCCUCGGGGAAGAAUGGCCCCCUCUGUCCUGAGGGCCCUGAGACGUGCGUAGCAUCCGGACAUGGCUCAUCCUCACGGGAGCGGGGUCUCCUCUGCGGGGUCGGGCACCGUUUCUGGAGGGCAGGGUGAUACAAUGGGGUCUCUAAGGACCGUUUCCCGCCACCGGCCCCAUUGUUGCUGCCUCCGCCUUCCUCUUCAGCCUCAGUCACAUAAAAGGCCAGGGCAGUUUGGGACAAAGCCCUGUGUGGAGGCUGAAUGCCCCUGGGGUGGGGGUGCAUGCCAGGGCUUCUGAACCGGGACUGGCUGACUCUGCUCACUCCAACCCCACGCGUUCCUGAGGAAGCCAAAGCUCAGGGUGGGGGUGGGGCACCUGGACUCACAGGCUGAGCCCCAGAAACAGCUUCCCAUCCUCAUCUGCCAGUCUGCAGUGGGGAAGGAGCUGACGGUGGGCAUGGAGGCCAGGGGCCGCCUCAUCUUUCAGGCAGGAGCUGAGACUAAAAGAGAGGCCGGCCGGUCUGUGCAGGGCCCAGACACAGGGCUCCUUCCUCCAGAUUUGGCUGACAGUUGUGGGUAGGGGAGGCAGGUUCCCAGGGGUUUGCAGCCACCUGCCCUCCUGAGGCUCACUGCCGCUCCCUUCUCCCCAAACUUUCAACCAUGGAGUGCUCAGGGUCACGCAGUAGACCUCUCCUGUCCCUUGAUAUUCCCUCAUCGGAGAGCUGGAGCAGCCUCGUGGCUUUAAAAACCAUCCAUGUGCUGAUGA